AUGGCUACAAUUUCUUCGAUACCAGCACCCGAAAUGCGUCCACAUUCUCCUUACAAACCACCAGGUGAUAAGUCUGCUUGGGCCACUAAAACUAAUCUAGAACGAAUUAUAUGGAUACUUCAAACACCAUUUCGUACUCUAUUAUGUUUGUCAAACGUCACUAUAUUUUUACUAGCUUAUUUUGGCUUUAUGUUUCCAGUUCUUUGGGCGCGAUCUUUAUGGCCGAGGUUAUAUUGGUUUUACGAAGGGAAACUAUACUCUUGUUUGCAAGCAUUUGUUGGUUAUUCUGGUUACACUGCAGGAUACGAUGUGUAUGAAUAUGGUGAUGACGUCGAAAAAUUUUGUGUUAAUGAACGAAUUAUCCUUAUGUGCAAUCAUCAGAGCACUGCUGAUGUUCCUGUAUUGAUGACUAUUCUUCAAAGUAAAGGAGUUGCUAGUAGGAAGACCCUCUGGUUGAUGGAUGUCAUGUUUCGUUGGACACCUUUUGGAAUAAUUGGUCAAAUGCAUGGAGAUUAUUUUAUCAGACAGGGCAAAGCAACACGGGAGAAAGAACUAAUUCGUUUGAAGGAUCAUUUGCGAAAGGUUUUUUGGGAUCGAGAUCGUCAUUGGGUUAUUCUCUUUCCAGAAGGUGGUUUUUACUACAAAAGGAUCAAGUCUAGUCAGAAGUACGGUAAAGAACAUGGAUAUCCACAUUUAGAACAUGCAACAUUGCCUCGUUUUGGAGCUGUAAAGGCAAUUAUGGAAGAAGUGGGUCCUAAAAAAGGAUAUGAAAACAUUGAUACGGCUAUAUCUAAAAACGGUAGCAAAUUAAAGCUUAUAAAAGACACUGUGGGAGCAAUACGAGAGAAAAAAUAUAUAAAAGAAAUGCGACCUCCCGUAAAAUACGUAUUAGAUGUGACGAUUGCAUAUCCGCACAAAUUGCCGCUUUCACUUUUUACUCUGAGCUUUGGUACUCGCGAACCAUGUGAUAUUGGCGUGCAUUACAAAAUUUAUGAUGCCAGAGAUGUGCCAUUUGACGAUGAAGAGAAACUACGUGAUUGGAUGUAUAGUGUUUACCAAUACAAAGAUAAUAUUCUCGAUCGAUAUUACAAAGAAGGAGUUUUUGUGCGAGGCGAAGAAGGUGUUAGAGUAUAUUUUUUGUGGUGGAAAAUUGUUGGUCAGUAUAUCUUCUGGAUAACGUCUUUUUACGUACAGUAUCGAAUGUUUUCAUUUCUAAUCCUUCAUUUUCUGCAAAGCAUAGGUCUCUUAUCAUGA